GAACCCCCACUCUCAGGCCUGUGGGUGAAUCUGGGAUGCCCUGGGGAAUUGCCCAGGCAGGCCCUGUCCCAGCCAGGAGGCGGAAGUUGCUGUCCCCAAAAGUCCACCCAAGCCUGACCCAGCUUGCAGCUCCCUCCCCAAGCCAACAUGAAUGCCGAGUUGGAGCUACUGUGGCCAUUGUCAGUCCCACUGCUGCUGCUGUUGGGGGCCACAGCCUGGCUGUGUGUCCACUGCUCCCGCCCAGGGGUGAAGAGAAAUGAGAAAAUCUACGAGCAGAGGAACCAGCAAGAAAAUGAAGAGAGCUUUACUGUGGCUCAGACCUACUCCCUGGCCAGGCCAGUAUGGCCAGGAUCCCUGAUGGACACAGCCUCAGACAAGUCAUCGGAAAGGAAGAACAAGCUGCUGUUCUCUCAUCUCGAAGAUCCUGAGUCCCUUAGGUACCAGAACUUCUACAAAGGAAGCAGACAUGAUGCUGCCUAGAUCCCAUCCCCACAGACUACUACAACUGGGGAUGUUCCCAGAAGCCCCCAGAAGAUGAUGACUCCAACUCCUACGAGAAUGUGCUCAUCUGCAAGCCCACUGCCCCUGACUCAGGUGGCGAGGAAUCUGAGGAUUACCAGAACUCAGUAUGCAUCCGAGAGUGGCGAGAAUCCAGGAGGACUGUGGGUGCACAAGUGUCACCAUCGGGAAGCCCAGAUGAGGAGCCAGAUUAUGUGAAUGGGGAUGUGGCUGCGGCUGAGAAAGUCUAGGAGAGAAUCAAACGGAAGGAUGGGCCUGAGGGGGACCAUGAAGUUCACUGCCUGCUGAAGACUAUUUUCCAGGGAUGCUUGAGCUUUAGACCUGGCUGUGGCUGCUCCUGGGAGGGGUUCCAAAAUGCCUUGAGACAGCCUGGGAGACAAUGAAACUUGCCAGGGCUGCAACCUUCAAACGAUGCCCUGGAUUUCUUGGGAGCAAAGCAGGUGCCUGGGGACGUUGGCUGUGGUGAUGAGAAGCCCAAAGACAGGCAAGCCGUGUCCUGGUACCACAUCUAAAAUAUCGCCUAACACUGGAAUUUGUCUUUUUUCUUAAAUUUAGAAACAGGGUCUUAUUAAAUUGCUCAGUCUGGUCUCACUCCAGCUUCGGCCACAGUACUGGUAUCACUAUGCCUGACCUUGUAUCUUUCUUUCCUUGUUUGGACCUCAAAUUGCUUAUGAAUGUUGAUUUCUGGGAAUGUUACAUGACUGUUUUUGUAGUUGACUUCAACUGCUGGAACCAUAUUUAAUAUUGUCAAUGUCAGGGGGACUUUCUGUCUCUGAGAGCAUUACACAUACUAACUUUAACAAAUGAGCGGGGUGUAGGGUAACCUGGGGUCUCCUUGUUCUCUAAGUGGGCUCCAGUUUGCUCAGAUCUUCCAUUCCUGAAGGGACCUUGUGGGUCGGUGAUAGGGAGACAAAAGUGACCCCAGCAACCGUCAAUAAACCCUGUGAGUUUCAGAGCA